AAGCGGUGAGGUGACAAAGGGGGCGUGGCACCAAGAUGGCGGACUAGCGCGCGCGGCCCUUCCGUCGGCGCCUGCGCGUUCGAGGGCUGCCCGUGCGUCGCACCGUGCCUCAAAGCGGAGCCGGCGCCCGGAAGGCGGAGGCCGUGCGGCGCUGCUGCGGCUGCUGCUGGAUCCCGAGAGCGGCGGGCGGGAGCGCCGCAGGGAGGCGGCGGAGCUGCUGCCGGUGCCGCAGGAAGGCGGCGGGCCCGCGGAGCGCGCCUCGUCCUCCGCCGCGUCGCGCUGCCCGCCGCCGCUGCUGGCUAGGAUGCCUAAUAUCAAGAUCUUCAGCGGCAGCUCGCACCAGGACCUCUCGCAGAAGAUCGCCGACCGGCUGGGCCUCGAGCUGGGCAAGGUCGUCACCAAGAAGUUCUCCAACCAGGAGACCUGCGUGGAGAUCGGCGAGAGCGUCCGAGGCGAGGAUGUCUACAUCGUGCAAAGCGGCUGCGGCGAGAUCAAUGACAACCUGAUGGAGCUGCUGAUCAUGAUCAACGCCUGCAAGAUCGCCUCGGCCAGCCGCGUCACGGCCGUCAUCCCCUGCUUCCCCUACGCGCGCCAGGACAAGAAGGACAAGGUGCCCCGCGCCCCGCCGUGCCCUCCUCCCGCCGGCCCGUGCCCGGCCCGCCCUGACCCGCCGCUGCCUCUCUUGCAGAGCCGGGCCCCCAUCUCCGCCAAGCUGGUGGCCAACAUGCUCUCCGUUGCCGGCGCGGACCACAUCAUCACCAUGGACCUGCACGCCUCCCAGAUCCAGGGCUUCUUCGACAUCCCCGUGGACAACCUGUACGCUGAGCCAGCUGUCCUAAAGUGGAUCAAGGAGAACAUCGUUGAGUGGAAGAACUGCACCAUUGUCUCUCCUGACGCUGGGGGAGCCAAGAGAGUGACCUCCAUUGCUGAUCGGCUGAAUGUGGACUUUGCCCUUAUUCAUAAAGAGAGGAAGAAGGCCAGUGAAGUAGACCGCAUGGUGCUGGUGGGGGAUGUGAAGGACCGGGUGGCCAUCCUUGUGGAUGACAUGGCAGACACCUGUGGCACCAUCUGUCAUGCAGCAGACAAGCUGCUUUCAGCUGGUGCUACCAAAGUUUAUGCCAUCCUGACUCACGGGAUCUUUUCUGGGCCAGCCAUUUCCCGAAUCAACCACGCCUGCUUUGAGGCAGUUGUAGUCACAAAUACAAUCCCCCAGGAGGACAAGAUGAAACACUGCCCUAAAAUCCAGGUGAUCGACAUCUCCAUGAUCCUGGCUGAAGCCAUCAGGCGGACUCACAAUGGGGAAUCUGUCUCUUAUCUCUUCAGUCAUGUCCCUUUAUAAUUGUAGAUGCUGCUGCUUGGGUGGCUUUUUGAAAAACCAAAAUUUGUUUUAAGUUCAGUAGAUGUUGCUUGUUUGAUUGCCACACUCUUCCUUUCUACUUCUCUGUGUUUGGAGCGGGGUGGGGGAGAUCAUGAUUCACAUUCUCAGCCUGUCCAUUGAUUGGGGUGCUUUUAUGCAAAUUAGGCUUCUUGUGAAAUUAUUGACCUCUUUUAACUUGGAGAAUAGAACCAGCGGUUUUUGGGCAUCCAUCCUAUGUCCUUGGGAGGGUGUGGUGGCUAGUUGUGCAGAAGGUUAGGAUUACAUUUUGGUUAGAUCUAGAGUGGUCGCUUGGUACAAGAGUAUGCAGAGAAAGGCCUUUCUGUGCCAAAAAAAUGCCCACAUUUGGGGAUUGCCUUGACUGAAACUUGCCUGCCUAUUCCUCCCUACCCCUUUUAUGCCCAGUUCAUUUCCAAAGGAGUUGGUUGGAGUUUCCACACACUCCUUCCUUUUAAAGUCUUCCCAGGCAGCUUGUGCUCCUGGGGCAUUCUGUGCCCUGUUACUUUCAGGUGUGUCUCUUGGCACCUACUUUUCUACCUGACAGCAGCAGAGAUCAUUUCCAAGCAAUGGUGUCUGCCUCCCUUUGAGAGGCAAAAGCAGCAGACCAUUCAGAGCGUUUGAGGAGAGGAGAAAUACGGCUCCCAGAAAAGCAGAGGUCCUUACAGCCUGGACAUGCUGCCUCUGAUCCUACGGCACUUCAGCUGGGUUCUGAGCAGCAACUCUCUGGAUUGUAUGCCAGUUGCUCUGGUGUGUGUGUGUUAUCUAUCUACCUACAUAUAUAUCUUUAUUUUGCUUCUUAUUUGGGCCCUUCCUGCUGCCUCUGCUUCGCUUCAGCUGAAUUCCUAGGAUACUACUGUGAUGUUUGUGUUACUCAGAACUUCAGAGCAGGAGGAAUUAAACUCUUCCUUAAAACUCAA